AUGUCUCUUGAGGAGUUGCGGAAUCAGCUGGAGGCCUUAAAGGUGCAAAAUGCGGCUCUUCAAGCCCAGGCCCAGCAAACUGAGCCUGCAACAGCUGACACUGUGGUAUCAUCUAAAGGUGUAUGUGGUGUUACUGUCAAGCUGCCUCCAUUUUGGGCCGACCGUCCAGCAGUGUGGUUCGCCCAGGCCGAGGCUCAGUUCCAUCUCGCCGGCAUUAAAACCGACAUCACCAAAUUUAGUCAUGUCAUUAGUAUAAUCGACCAAAGGCUAAUUGGUGAAAUUGAAGAUGUCAUAAUGAACCCACCAGAAGAUGACAAAUACAAAAUCUUGAAAGAAGAACUCAUAAGACGCCUUUCUGUUUCUGAGCAACAACGGGUGGAGCGACUCUUGAGUAGUGAGGAGCUCGGGACUCGCAAGCCCUCUGCCUUCUUGCGCCACCUUCAAUCUCUUGCAGGUACAGCCAAGGACGAUACCAUCUUGAGACAGCUCUGGAUGAGGCGGCUGCCGGGGCAGGUCCAGGCUAUACUCACCGCCCAGUCAGACAUAAGCUUAGAAAAGCUUGCUGAGCUGGCGGACAAGAUCAUGGAGGUGAAUCCAAGCCCACAGAGCAACGGGGGAGAUCUCGCAACAGAUCCAGACCGCGUAGCAGAAGCAGAAGUAACACCCGGCCAGCAAUGCUACCCGACUAUGUUGGUACCACAAGCGGUACAACACCCAGGCGACCAAGUGCAACCCGCCUUGCAACUGGAAGUCGGAAAACCAGAACAGCGGUCAGUAAAGGCGGGGCCUGACUGCUGCUCUAUGGAACCAACCAGCCGCCGUCUCUUUGUCACCGAUAGGGUGACAAAGUACCAAUUUCUCAUCGACACCGGAUCAGAUUUAUGCUGCUACCCUUACCGCUGGCUCAGAGAGCCGAGGAGACCCACUGAGUGGGACCUUAGAGCAGCUAACGGUAGCACCAUCCUGACCUACGGUACUGUCAACUUGAGACUGGACUUCGGGCUGCGACGGGAUUUCACAUGGCAGUUUGUGGUGGCAGAAGUCAAUUCAGCUAUCAUUGGUUCAGACUUUUUGGCUCACUACCAUCUUCUACCAGAUUGCCACACCCAACGCCUUGUAGACGGUAAGACAGGUCUCAAGACCAUUUGCUCUACAGCUACUGUCACACAGCCCAGCAUCAAAUCCAUCAGUCUACGGGACUCUCCUUUUGCACAAGUGCUUGCUGAGUUCCCUGACAUCACUAAGCCUCCUGGAUUUCAGCGGUUAGUCAAACACAAUACGGUGCACCAUAUUAGGACCACAGAAGGCCCACCCAUUUCCUGCCGUCCCCGACGCUUGGCACCUCAGAAGCUUUCUGCUGCCAAGGCGGAACUAGAGGACAUGGUACGUAUAGGGGUAGCUCGGCCAUCCGAAAGUGCUUGGUCCUCUCCAUUACACAUGACAACGAAGAAAGACCAGUCUUGGCGUCCAUGUGGCGACUAUCGCGCACUGAAUGCCAGGACUAUUCCCGACCGCUAUCCAGUGCGCCACAUCAACGACUACGCGAAUAACCUCGCAGGCGCCACCAUCUUCAGCACACUUGAUCUGGUAAAGGCGUACCACCAGAUCCCAGUAGCUGAGGACGACAUACCUAAGACCGCCAUCGUCACCCCGUUUGGCCUCUUCGAGUUCCCUUUCAUGACAUUUGGGUUAAGAAAUGCAGGUCAAACCUUCCAAAGGUUCAUCGAUGAGGUCACACGGGGUCUCGACUUUGUUUUCCCAUAUAUAGACGACAUACUUGUCUACUCAGCUGACGAGACUCAACAUAAGGAACAUCUGCGAAUCCUGUUCAAGCGGUUGCAGGAGUAUGGGCUAGUUCUCAACCCUUCCAAGUGCGUCUUAGGCGCAAAGGAAGUAGUGUUCCUGGGAUACCACGUGAGCGCUGAAGGUACUCGCCCUCCUCAGGACCGUAUUCAGGCUCUUAUUGACUUUCCCCCUCCAAAAGACGUUCAAGGCGUGCGUCGGUUCCUCGGCAUGAUAAACUACUAUCGCCGUUUCAUCCCGCACGCCGCGAAAUGCCAAGCACCUCUUGUGGAUGCCGUAGUAGCCAUAAAUGGCAAGGGAGCCAAACCAUUCCCAUGGACACCAGAGCUUCUGGCAAACUUCGAGGAGUGUAAGUCAAGCCUGUCUAACGCGACCCUACUCCAACACCCGGUCAACGACGCACCUCUGGGACUUUUCACGGAUGCCUCCAGCGUCCACGUCGGAUCCUGCCUACAGCAGUUCGUGAACGACCAAUGGUGCCCUCUUGCCUUUUUCAGCAAAAAGUUGACCCCCCAGCAAUCUCAGUGGCCAGCAUACUAUCGAGAACUUUUCGCGGUGUACGAGAGCGUACAACACUUCCGCCAUAUUCUCGAGGUUCAACAUGUAACCAUUUAUACUGACCACAAGCCGCUGUUGUACGCUUUCGUACAACGUAGAGAAAAACUUCCGCCAUCGCAGCUGAACCAGUUGUCGUUCAUUGGCCAAUUCACAACGGACAUCAGGUACAUCAAAGGGGAGGACAACGUUGUGGCCGAUGCGAUGUCACGGAUCGAAGCCGUCUCGUUAGAGGAAGAUUACGAGGCGCUCGCUAAAUCACAAUUAGAGGACCAAGAACUUGCCGAUUUACGUCAAGGUAACUCCAGCCUUCAGCUCUCACGCGUAGCUAUACCUGGCACGGACAUCUCCAUCCUUUGUGACGUCUCCACUGGCAAGCCUCGUCCUUAUCUGACCCCUUCAUUUCGUCGUGCGGUGUUUGACAAGUUGCACAACUUGAGUCACCCCGGCGUUAGACCCACCACUCGACUUUUGGUUAGCCGGCGGUUGCUGCACACCUGCGCCACCAAGCGCGUACGCACAACCGCGUAUCAUCCCUGCGCUAAUGGGAUGAUUGAGCGCGUCCACCGCCAGCUUAAGGCCGCACUCAUGUGCCAUUCAGGCUCGUGGACACGCGCUCUCCCUCUCGUUCUUCUCGGUAUGCGGACCGCCUUCAAGGAGGACUUGAAGGCUACCGCUGCUGAGAUGGUCUUCGGGGAGUCUCUCCGUCUGCCCGGGGAGAUGCUGAGGAGACUGUCGAUUCUGGUGCUCCUGCUACAGUGGCUACACAGCCUCAGGAUGUACCUCAUCCGCAGCCAGCUGCUACAGUGGCUACACAGCCUCAGGCUGUACCUCAUCCGCAGCCAGCUGGACCCGUUCCUCCUAUUACCACAACCAACCGUGAUCGGCCAAUUACCACACGUGCAGGCCGACACGUAA